GGUCACUUGAAAAGCAUGGUCCAAAGGUUAAGAGCUUACACCACGGCAACAACACCGAGAUCCAAAGCUUAUUCACCGGCGGCCACGGAGUACGGUGGUCAGAGACCGUCCACAACCACAACGGCCUCGACAAAAGGUGACUUCAUACCUGUUUACGUCUCCAUCGGAAUGAUUUCACUGUCGGUAUCUUUUGGUCUCUACACUGCGUAUCAUCAUCUCCACGAAAACCCUAGCGUGCGUGUCAAGAAGAAGACGAGAGAGAUCGUUCCCGAGGUCGAGGAUCCCGAUAAAGUUUUAAACGAAGCGGACCGGUUUGCUAACAGGUCGUGGUUUAGGAAAAUAGCUCACGUUCAAGAGUUUGAUAAGCAGGAUGUUAUUGAUGACCCGAUUAGGAAAGAUCAGUUCGCUCAUAAACCUCGUGCCUUGACGCUUAAGGAUGUUGGGGUUGAUCCCAAGAUGUCGACCGCUACGGCUCACUAG